UCUAGCAAACCCCAGGAGAAUGGCGGGUCUUUUAGCAGACGUUCCACGGAUGGUGAUUGGGGGUAUAAUAAUAAGUGCUUUAUCAUUAAUUCUCCAUGUAAUAGGAUUUUCUACUACUUAUUGGUACAAACCAGAAGAUACCGGUCACUUUGGAUUAUGGAAGACAUGUGGUCAAGCACAAAAGGGAGUACCAGAAAUAUGUAUUGAUAAUGAAGAUUUUUCUGGUUCAUUACUCAACGACAAUUUCAAAGCCGCUAGAGCUCUGGAAUGCCUUGCCCUUGUGUCAUUUAUAGCAGCUUUGACUAGUGCUGUCCUAAAAAUAGUUGUACUGAAGGAAAAGGGAAUACUGAAUUUUGUUGCAGGCUUGGUCAAUCUGAUGGCAGGAGGACUUACAUUGAUUGGAUUAUGCGUCUUUGCAACAAUGCAACUUUUCGGCGGAGUUAAGCUGGAUUCGACCAAGUUUCAUUACUCUUUCGGUUUAUGUAUCGUGGGUGGUAUCGGAGGUUUGAUAUCUGGAAUUGUUUUCAUCAUAGCUUGGAGGAAAUAGCAAAUAUACUAUUUUGAAUGUUUUGUUAGUAUUUUAAACUGUAAAGAAAUCUUUGUUUAAAGAACAAAAUUUUGUAGUUUUUCAAUAACAUUUUUGUUUUGUAACUCAUUUCCAUUAUGCAUUUCAAUGAAAUGUCAUUAAAGCUAAUCAAAGA